AUGCCCAAGGAAUCCACCAAAGUCACCAAGCGCGCCGCCAAGGAAGACGGCAAGCAGCGCCGUACCAAGAAGGACAAGACUGGCCCCAAGCGUGGUCUCUCUGCAUACAUGUUCUUCUCCCAAGAGCAACGUGCCACGGUCAAGGAAGAAAAUCCUGAUGCCAGCUUUGGCACUAUUGGAAAGAUCCUUGGUAACAAGUGGAGCCAAAUGACUGACGAACAAAAGGCCCCCUACAACGCCAAGGCCGAAGCCGACAGAAAGCGCUACGAGGCCGAAAAGGCUGCUCUUGCGGACAAGAGCGACUAA